UGUUACUUUUGUAAUCUAACAAAACAACAAACAAUUGCUGGAAACAAAAACAACAAUUUCUGUUAUAUUAUUUCUCUAUCUUUCGAAGCAAACAUGCAACGAUCUGAGCAGAAGAAAACAUUUUGCGCGCAUUUAUACACAGUGAGAACAGCAACAAACAAACGCGAUUGGUAUUUUCCACCCUUACUGAUCUAGCUGCAGACUUUCGCAUGUUCAUGCAUGCAUGUAUGUAUGUAUGUGUAGGUGCAGAUGUGUUAAAAUGGAAAUAGUAGGUAAAAAAGGGUAUUAGGUAGAAAGACUUUAUGGGCCCACAUCAAUGCAUUACUUAUAUAUAAAUUUGCGUUCACAAAGAAAAGUAAAACAGUUUAGUUUCGUGGUGAACUACUUGCAGUUAACAGAAAAUACGGAGAAAGAGAGUUUUAAAACACAACGUAUAUCAAAUUGAUUCCGUUUUGAUUACGCUUGUAUACUAGAAUUAAAGGAUCGUUAACUAAACAAUAAAUAAAAUGGAAACGAAAAUAAUAAACUCUGAAACGGUAAUACAUUCUACGGUGGGAUCACCAAAAAUUUUGCAAGGAUCUUCACAAAAUUAUCAAAGAGUAAUGGAUGCAGGCGAUCGUUAUGAACGUCCAAUUAUGUUGAAUGUGUGGACCCAAACUACUGCCGAUGAUUUCGGCUUUUUAAAUGAAAUCGAAACCAAAGGGCACCAGAGCCAAAAAGAAAAGGAACUGUUGGAAAAAAUUCGCGUUCUAGAAGAAAGACUACGUGCGCAUGCAGAUCUAUUGUUUCAAAUACAUGCAACAUCUGAAAGAACUUCUGCUUUAUUGGGGCAAAAUAUGCACACAAUCAGUCAGAAUGUAGCGUACCAAAACAUGCAGUCAUCGCUAGAUGAAGGUGCAAGCCCAUUACCGCCAAAAAUUGUUAAUGUAAACAACAACGUAUCUACAUCCUCAAUUAUAAAUCCAUUACACCAAGUUGGGCAAUCAGCAGAAAGCUUUAAAUACACAAUUAUAGCGGAAGGAUCGCAUGAUGCGUGCGAUGAACCAAUUGAAAUCCAAUUGGCGGAAGAUGAUGGAGCCAUUAAUAUGAAUAAUUCAGCUGAUUCAGGGCGUUUAGAGAUUUGUUUGAUGCCUGAAGAAGCUGAAACCAAAACUGAGAUGUCGGCGGCGACUUCUUCGAACAUCAAUGCAAAUUCAGUUCAAGAAGUAACCACACCACCCAUUUCACAACAUAGUGAACACCAUCUUAUAAAACGACGCAAGCUUGCCGCAGAAUUUCAUGCUGACCAUGAUUUACCAGGAAAUUCCAAUUUUCUACUAAGCGAACACGGCAGGGUAACACCCGUUAAUUCCAAAAAUGGAAGCACUUCUGCGUCUGUCAAUCGCCGCUUCGGCAACAAUAGCUUGCUGAAAGUAGAUCCUCAACAGUCCUCAACAUCUCAUGCAAAUGACAAUGGUUACAUUAGAAAUAAUGAUAUUGAGCAAAAAUAUAAUGCAGAUAACAUUAUGGUAUCAAUUGGGCCCAAUAACACUCGUAUACCGGCCAACAUUUACGAGACAGUAAAUUGGACUUCGGCGUCAAUGGCCACGCGCAAGCUUCUUAUGACUAUUUUUGAUCGUCCUACUUUGGCGACUCAUUCUAUGACGGGAAAACCGUCACCCGCUUUUAAAGAUCACGGCAAACCCCUUAAGCAAAUGUUAAAUCCUCUCAUUAUUCAGGAUAUUAUAUUCGCUGUAACCCGUAAAUGCAACGUAUCAGAGAAGGAAGUACGAACUGCUAUUACUACAAAAUGCGCUGAUGAAAACAAAAUGAUGAAAUUGCAAAAGAAUAAGCUUGCUGCAAUGCGCGAUAGCAAUAAGGAAAACAUAGCCAAGCACAUAAAACGAGAAAGAUAAACAGUUUCUGCAUAUCAGAAUAAUACACCAAAUAUAUAUAUUUUUUCUAAAUUUUAAGGAAAUAUACUUUUGGGGCGCAAGUUAAAAUUCUCGCAUGCUUAAGACCAAAUAUCUACACUGAAUAAAUCCAAGUUAAUCAAACUUC